GACCCGAAGACGGCUUUCGCUUGCGAGAAGGACAAGAGUAAGAGGAGCUUCUACGAGGGCGUCGUCGCGCCGCACAUGUCGUGCCGCGGCUGCAUGUUCGAAGACCUCGCCGAGUUAGGCAAUGGCCGUGCCAAGUGCUCGUACCACUCCAAGGUAUGCUACGUUCCAAUGAACGCCCACGUGUUCGUUGUCGGGUUCAGUUGCAAAGAUUUCUCCAGACUGACAAGCUCUCUCAAGCGUGACCAGAAAGGGAGCCUGCUCAUCGGCAUUGUGGGUUCUUCGGGAACCACAUUUCAUUGGGCAUUCAACCACAUCAUGAGGGCCCGCCCAGCAAUCGUGAUACUGGAGAACGUCCCAGACAUCGACGAGAUCGAGAAGGACGAGGAUGGCGUCGGCAAAAACGUGGGGCACCUCUACGGCAUUCUGGAUGAGAUUGGAUAUAGCACGAAGCACAGUGUGUUCCCAUCGACCGACUUCGGCCUCCCCCAGAAGCGUCGUCGAUGCUUCUUCGUGUGCCUUCGCAGGGAGGCCUUCCACUUGACGGCUGACCAGACCGCGGAGCGGCUGGAGAGUAUUUGGCACCAGAUUGAUAAGCUCAAGACCCCACCGUGUCCGAUGAUGAACUUUCUGUACGGCAACGACCACCCCCGGGUGCAGGCGGAGCUGGAGCGUCGCCAGGCUACGACGAAAUCGAGGGACGACGUGGGCGAGUCACAUCGCAGGCAGCUCCAGAUGAAGGGCGUCUCCUGGAAAGACUUAUCGGUGCCGAGCGACCUGGCCAGCAACGAGUGGUUCCAGACCCUGUCGGCGAGGCAGAAGGACUGCCUGAUUUACUACAAGUCCACGGCGCCCGACAUGAUCACGCUCGACAUCAACCCGCGCUUCGACCGCUGCGUCAAACCGGUUGGCACCACCACUCAGACCCUCACGCCGAGCAUGGUCAUGUGGGUGUUCCAGGGCAAGAAGGGCGACCAGGGCAAGGGCAGCCGCUUGAUGUUGGGCUUCGAGGCGAUGCGCCUCCAAGGCUUUCCGACCGAGUGGAUCGAGAGUGGGGACUGGAAAGAGAAUGACUCGAAACUCGUGGAUCUGGCGGGCAACGCGUUCAGCGCCACCGUCUUCGCGGCGAUCGAGAUUGCUGUCUUGGCGACCGUGAAGUUCCCCGCUCAGGUAGAGGUGCCCGCGUCGGAGCUCUCCGAAUUGGCGGGCUUGCUGGUGUGAUGCUGGCAUCCCGCAG